AUGGCUGUGGACGGGCAGACACAGCUGCAGACGCCCUCACAAGGCCCACAAAGCCGCCUGCUAGCCUUCGUAUUGACCCUCGCUCUGUUCUCGCUCGUUUCGCUCCUCGUCCUCUCCCCUCCAACUCGCCUCCUCCGACGGAUCCACCGCCUCGCAACUCGCCCCGUGGCCCGACUGCUAGGUCGGAUACCAGUCCCUUCAGCCCUCCAAGCACCGACAGACCUCGCCGUUGCGAUUCGCUCGUUCUCGCAGUACUCGCACGCUCAGCAAAACGCCCUCUCGAGGAAAUGGGUUGCGUUUGAGCGCAUGCCGAGGAGACAUCGAACGCUCGGGACGAAGCUGGGAUGGGAAAAGACCCUUGAGCGGGCGGAAGAGGCGGUAGAGACGAAUGCGCUCGUGACGGACGAGUUGGCCGCUCUUGGGCUUGAGCAGGCUAGGAGGGAUGGCGUACCCGUCGGCCUGAGGAGUCACUUCUAUCACGAGAACGGGAGGGUCGUAGAGACGCUCAAACAUUUCGUGAGGGACUGGAGCGAGGUCGGCAAGGCUGAACGGGAUGCGCUCUUUCCGCCAAUACUCGAGGCGCUGCGGGCACAGUUUGGCGGGGAGGUCGAGGGGAAGAAGGUCCUUGUGCCCGGAUGUGGGCUCGCUCGGUUGGCGUACGAGAUCGCUUGCGAGGGCUUCUCUGUUGAGGCAAACGACUUCUCCCACUUCAUGAACCUCGGCACCUCGCUCCUCUUCACCUGCACGCACACUGCGAACCAGCACACCCUCGCGCCCUACAUCCACCUCUUCUCUCACCAACGCUCAGCAGCAAACAUCCUUCGUACGGUUAGCUUUCCGGAUGUCGUGCCGAGAAAGGACGUCGAUCUGCGGUUCUGUCCGGGAGACUUUUUGGAGUUGUGCAAAGAGGAGGAGGGGAGACAUGAGGCUGUCGUGACGCUCUUCUUCAUCGACACGGCCUCGAACAUCGUCUCUUACUUCGAGACGAUCUACCGCGCGCUCAGACCCGGCGGGAUCUGGAUCAACCUCGGCCCGUUGCUGUACUACGGAAACCCAGGGAUGGAGCUCCCGCUGGAAGAUGUGAUUAGGCUGGCGGAGAUGGUUGGAUUCGUGGUGGAAAAGAGGGAGAGUUUGCGGGAUGUGCGGUACACGGCUGACGAACUUGGGAUGUACCACUUCACCUACGACUGCGAGUUCUGGGGCGCUCGGAAGCCCGCCAACACUGUAUCGGAGCAGGUGCAAGGGCAAACGGAGGGGAAGAAGGAUGCGUAG